AUGUCACUCGUAACCUCUAUCAACGAAGUCCCAGUGACAAAACAACGAGCACCACGUGCCACUGUCGCUGCUUCUCGCGAGAAUCCGAAUGGCACACCAGGUCGAAAUAUCAAGAAUCGAACGGUUCUUCAACAACAUGUUGACUUUUUCGAUACUGACAGAGAUGGGAUAAUUCGACUCUUUGACACGUAUCGAGGAUUUCGCGCUUUGGGCUUCAACGUGAUCUUCUGUUUCUUUGCUGUAGUAGUAAUUCACGGAUCUUUUUCGUGGAUUACUCAACCUUAUUGGAUCCCGAAUCCCGCUUUCCUAAUUUAUACCGACAACAUUCACAAAGGAAAGCACGGUUCUGACUCGGAGACGUAUGAUUCGGAGGGUCGCUUUGUUCCCGAGAAAUUUGAAGAAAUUUUCUCGAAAUAUGAUCGUGAUAAUAAAGGUGGAUUGAAUCUUAUGGAUAUUUUUAGGAUGAUGUAUGGAAAUGCAAAUGUAGCAGACUUUUUCGGCUGGUUUGCAACGGUCUUUGAAUGGGGUACUAUGUGGCUAUUGGCAAAUAAGAAUGGCAUUUUGUACAAGGAAGAUGUUCGUGCUCAGUAUGAUGGAUCAUUCUUUUAUAAAAUUGCCGAAAAACGCGUAAAAAACAGAAAAUCUUAUUUCAGCGGUCGCUAUGAAGAAUCAAUGACUCAUGGAAAACACAAGAGUAAAUGA